AUGGGGGAUGUGGACGUGGACGUGGUCAAGGUCGAGGUCGAGGAGAUGGGCAGAAUAGACAGCGGUCCGAAGAAGAGCCGAAUGGUGAAGAACGUGGGCGUGGAAUUACCCAAAAUAACGGAGAGCUUGGGCGUGGUUCACGACGCACUAGCUACAUUAUCAUCCAUGCCGCAAGUGAUCGGUGGAUUAAAGGUAGAACCCUUGAAGAUCGAAGUCCCGACAAAACCGGCCUACUGUAUGAUUGUGACCGAAGAACCUGACAAAAAGCCAUGGUAUUACGAUAUCAUGAGUUAUAUCCAGAGACAAGAAUUUCCUGAGGGAAGCACCCCUGCCGAUAGGAAGUACAUAAUGAAAAUGGCUUCAAAAUUCUUUGUCAGUGGUGAAAAGCUAUACAAAAGAUCCUACAAUUCGAUCCUGCUGAGGUGUGUGGAUGCGUGA